UGCCUCUUCAUCUCGACAAUUUCUCCAGCAAAAAGUCCAAUCGGACGCUGAUCUUUAUCAAUUAAGCAUACAUAGUCCACAUGCAUGCUCUCCCUCCUUGUGUUUUCAGCUUUUCAUUGGAUCUCUUUUACAAUCUGAGAUGAAUGGGAAUUUGCGAUCUUCAAUGUCUCCGAUCGGUGGCAGCCACAACUGCAGCUUUAAAAGUCAGCAGUGGCGACACAGAUAUCACAGCUCAAAUCCGAGUUUGAAGAAACAGCAGCCGGCACUGAGUAUUCCGUCGAUUGCCCCGGAAAAAUACAAUGCGAUAUGGAUUACUUCCAGAGGGGAUGCGACAAACAAUCACAACCUUGAUGACAAAUGGAGUCCCAACAAUUGUAAUAAUUUGGAAAUUCGACAGUCUUCCAACUCAGACAAUCGGUCUAGCCGCCUUCCAAAAAGAGAAUUAGCCCAAGAGAAUGGUCAUGCAGUCAAGGAAACUUCUCUUGGUGGAUCUGAAGCAGUAGGGAAGCCAAACAACUCACAUUUGGGUCUUAAAAAUCCUCCCAUGAUGGAAAGUGCACAAGAACAUCAUAUUAGAACAGAAUUGUCUAGCAAAUUGUGGUUGAAACCUCAGGUGCUUCAAAGGAAGACAACAUCUAUAUUCAAAAAAAACGGCUCUCCGAGGUAUGAAGGCAAGCAUAGGAUUGGCUCCAAGGAAAUUUUAGUAUCAACUAGGAAGAACAAAUCUGCUGAGGAUAAAGAGAUUGGUGGAAAGAAGAGGAAGCGACUCAGAGACUUUCAGGAUGACCAUUUGUUGAACGCUUGGCAUAAAGCAAAGAAAUUCUUAACCAACAACACUGGGAUACAUCGACAACUAUGA